AUGAGUGAGAAUUAUACCCUGAUGGUGUCAGCUGUGUCCACACUCAUAGCUCCCUCCAUAUGGGGCAUCAUGAGAGGACUGGAGACUUUCUCACAGCUAUUCUAUCUUUCCAAAUGUUAUAAGGACGUCCUUAUAAACAGCACAGAAAUUGAAGAUUACCCAAACUACAAACAUAGAGGGUUAUUGUUGGACACGUCGCGUCACUUCAUCUCCGUCCCCAACAUCCUGAUGACGCUGGACGCUAUGGCCAUGAACAAGAUGAACGUCUUCCACUGGCACAUCGUGGACGACCAGAGCUUCCCUUAUCAGAGCGUGAAGUUUCCUGAACUUAGUGGACUGGGUGCUUACUGGCCAACCCUCAUUUACACAAGACCCGCGAUGGAGAAGAUCAGGGACCACGCCAGGGGAAUUGGGGUUCGUGUGAUCAUCGAAAUUGACAUGCCUGAUCACGCGUUAUCAUGGGGCAUGUCCCACCCUGAGAUCAUCACGGUGUGUGCCCGUGACCGUCGCCCCAUGAACCCGAUCAAGAACGAGACGUAUAUACUCGUUGGCGCGCUACUCAGGGAAGUGCAGGAGCUGUUCCCCGACACAUACAUACAUCUGGGUGGCGAUGAGGUUACUGCGGAGUGCUGGAUAGAAAAUAAAGGAAUACAAGAAUAUAUGGAGAAACAUAAUAUGACAUCUUCCAAUGACUUGUCUACUUUAUUCUACAAAAGAAUAGUAUCAUUCCUGAAAGAGGAUACUCGAACUAUCGUAUGGGAGGAAUCAUACGAGGCUAACGUUCCUUUUGCACGUGAUACUCUCGUGCAGGUGUGGAAAAAUGAGCGACUAACGGCUGAGCUGCUAAAUGGUGGCCGGUUCGUUUUACAAUCAUCUGGAUACUACCUCGAUCAACUGGGGACUACCUUCACAAAAUUCUACAAGGUGGAGCCAAGGCUCGCGGUGAAAGACAAAGUGGCAAACGAGACCUUGUUGCAGAAUUUGGUAGGGGGGGAAGCCUGCAUGUGGGGGGAGAUGAUGGACGACGCCAAUGUGAUCAGCCGUGUGUGGCCUCGAACGUCAGCUAUAGCAGAAGUUCUGUGGAGUGACACGAGACGGGAAGUGACGUCUCAGGUUCUGCAACGCGCGGAGGAGCAAGUGUGCCGCAUGAAGCGCCGGCGCAUCCACGCCGAGCCGUCCAGCGGACCCGGCUUCUGCGUACUCUAGUUUAUGGCGUCGUCGGUAUGAAUUAUAUGACGUCACAAGUGCUGUGCGGAGCAAGUGUGCCGCGCAUGAAGCGCCGGCGCAUCCGCGCCGAGCCGCCUAGCGGACCCGGCUUCUGCGUACUCUAGCUUAUGAGAACAUUUGAUUUUUGAUCCGUGUAUGACCGCGAUGUGUACUUUUAAUAGCUAGUAUUAUUGAGUAUAUUUUGUUAUCAAAUUGUAUUUAGAAAAUAUUUUUUAAGUUAGAGUA